GGUUUCUGGUAUCAACACGACACAAACUUCUCUCUUGGACGCAGUCUCGUGUGGGAGAACUAUACAGCUCAAAUCUCUGGAAUCCACUAUUCUUCUGAUUACUCACUGAUCAGAUGCAGAACUUCGACCAAUCACUUCAGCCAUUCACAGGUUGUCAUCCGACAUCCGGCUCCACAUCACACUCGGAUUUGCCUCCGCGGUUUUACCCGAAUUCUCCUGGAUCCCAUCACGUUUGGUCCGUUGAGUGACAUAUCAACUCUAAGGGGCAUAUCGUUGACUGUCUUCUGCCGAAUCUCAGAUGGUAGCCUGCAACGAAAUAUGUACCAGCUUUUUAGCAGCCGUGCUGGCAUAUGUUUUGACUGUUGGACCACCUUCCACACGCUCGAGCCACUUCCUUCGUAGUUCGGUGAGCGCAUAUGCUUUUCCGCCCCCUUCCGGAUCACCAUCGUCUUCAUACGCUCACUAUCCGAAUCUUGGAGCAUCACCUUUCCACAACACCAUGGACAUUGUGAACUGUGGACCCUUCAGUAGUCCACAAGCACAUUUUUCCAACACACCUUAUUCAAACUUUCCUUAUACGAGUCAAACUCACACCCCACAUGGUGUCCCUGACUUUCGAUUGGACCGUAGAACCGAUCGUUUUGCUUCAACACCUUCCUUCGUUUCUUCACGGGGACUGAGCGGAGUAACGGAUGAGUCGUUUUGGGCUUCGAACGACUCAGGCACGAGAUCUCAUUCUUCCCGUACACCUAUAACUCCUGCUAGAAAUUACUGGAUUGCUCGAGCUCUAUCGGAUCCGUGGUCUAACAUUACUACUGUCCAGACCCCUAGUCCCGAUUGCCUUGUUUCAAGACCGAUUCCUCAGAGACAUACCAUUCUGUUCACUCCACGCGAACUCCGCCGUAAAGCACAGCCUGAUGAUCAACUCGAUGAAGUAGAGUGUUACGCCAAGCGAUUUUCCUACCAAUCACCGCCCCCUCUUGAACAUGAUGCACCAUCUCCAACCGUUGUAGUGCCAUUGUGACACUUUGUUAUUGCACGAUCUUCGAUCUCUUCUAAUGGGUUUGUAUGGUUUAUAUCCACCACCAAACCGAUUUACUUACCAUGCCCCCAAUUUUUUCUGCCUCACGAGCCUUGCAGUUUAACAAAUGAUUGGGGUUUGAAGAACAAUGGAAUAUUAACGUACAUUUUACCCAUUCCUGACGGGAACCCAUUCCUAGUUGAAAGAACACUAUCUUCAACACGAGUGUUUUAAGCUUUUUCGACCAUAAAUUUCACUCAAGCACU